CGGUCAUAAAAACGUGCCAGCUAGAAUGGAUUCGCUCCAUUCUGUUUGCUGCUUAAGAUUUCCAUCCCAAAACAAUUUAAGGAACCGCUGUACAAGUUGCAUGUUCGAAUCGAACCUCUUUUCAAAUUGACGUUGUGUUCAUGUUUGCCGGCUGUUAUUUUAUUUUUUCACUUGUCGAUAUUUUUUGUUGACUGCAUUUUAAAAUGCUUUAAUUUUUAUGUUUCCAAAUUAAUCAUUGACAACAUUUAAGAAAUUGAUUAUUAAAUAAAUAAAAAAUCAAUAUAAAAAGAACUUUCAAUUGUUCCCAAAUUAAUUUCAAUGAACGAAUCAAAAACUAUAAUGGAAGAAAUUGAUAGUAAAGAUGAUAUUUAUCUAAAAUUAUUAUUAAAAUAUUAUGAAACUGAAUCGAAAGAACACGAUGCAAUUCGUUUACUCAAACUACGUGAUUCUAUUCUAAAAGCAUAUAAUCAACAAUUGGGCUUAAAAUUAAAAGGUUUUCAUUUAGUUGAUGAAUUGAAAAAAAAUGAAGACUCCUUUCGGCCAUAUGAUUGGCAAAAGUUGUUUUUUGAUAUUUUUACUGAAAACAAUAAAAAAACUGAUACAAAUCAAGUUAAAAAUUUCAUAAAAGAAUUACUUAGAACACAUCUUUAUAUAAAAAAAGAGAAUGAAAUUGAGAUAAUGGAUGUUCAUGAGGAAAAUGGUGAACCUAAAAACACAAAAGAUUCUAUUGUCGAUGUGCCUGGUUCUGAACUGUCGCCAAGUGGUGACAAAGUUGAUUCAGUUGGAUGUCCAUCGGAAUUCACUAUUGUCAAUAUUCCUGAAAAGAGUUUAAGUCACCAAACUGACUUGAUUGAGAGUACACCUUCUCCCACCACUCUCAAUGGUUUUAAAAUUCCUAAAAUUAUGGCGAGUGAUUCUUUUGAGUCUACAUCAAAAGACAGUCCAUUGCCUCCAGUAAGAACAAUAGACUAUCAAGCUAUGUCCGUUUAUGAACUGAAACGAGCACUUUUGGUAUCAAAAUUGGAAUUACUUGAUGCUCAAGAAGCCCAUAGAAGAGCUAAGGAGAACAUAAGAUUGAUAGAGGAAGAACACUUAAGACGACAAAUUGAUAAAGAUUGAUACUCAAACAAAUAACAACUAUGUAUUUAUAAGUCUAAUCUAAGUUUACUUAUAUACAACCAAUAAACAUUUUUAAGUAAAAUGAUUUCUGUUCAACAA